UCACAGGACGGAAGCCCCGCCGCUGAGCCUAGCGCAGUGUCUUAGGGCCUGUCCCUGCGCCUCUGGGGCUAUGGCAGCUGCUGGCCCGGCUGAGGUGGUGGUGGUGGGAUCCUGCAUGACCGACCUGGUCAGCCUUACCACUCGUCUGCCAAAAGCUGGAGAAACUAUCCAUGGACAUAAGUUUUUCAUUGGUUUUGGGGGGAAAGGAGCCAAUCAGUGCAUCCAGGCUGCUCGACUUGGGGCCAAGACCUUGAUGAUUUGUAAGGUUGGGAAGGACUCGUUUGGCAAUGAUUAUAUUGAAAAUUUCAAGAGAAAUGGGAUUUCUACAGAAUUUGUAGGUCAGACUGAGGAUGCUGCUACUGGAGCUGCUUCAAUAAUUGUUAACAGAGAAGGACAGAAUGUUAUCGUCAUAGUCGCAGGAGCCAAUUUGCUUUUGGAUUCUGAAGACCUGAAGAGGGCUGCUAAUGCCAUUUGCAAGGCCAAAGUGAUCAUUUGCCAGCUAGAAAUAACACCUGCUAUUUCUCUGGAAGCCCUAAAAAUGGCAUACUCCAAUGGAGUGAAGACCUUAUUUAAUCCUGCUCCAGCUCAUGCUGAACUAGAUCCACAAUUUUACACCCAUUCCGACAUCUUCUGUUGCAACGAAAGUGAGGCAGAAAUUUUAACAGGCAUCCCCGUGGGCGGCCCUGAAGAUGCUGGGAAGGUGGGGCUCAUGCUAUUAGAAAGAGGCUGCAAACUAGUAAUUGUUACUCUGGGAGCAGAAGGCUGUGUGAUGAUAUCAGUGGACGAGCCUAUUCCAAAGCAUGUUCCUGCUGGGAAGGUCAGGGCUGUGGACACUACGGGGGCUGGCGAUAGUUUUGUGGGCGCACUGGCUUUCUUCAUGGCUUGCUAUCCCAAUCUAUCCAUGGAAGAAGUGAUCAGGAAGUCAAACUUCAUCGCAUCAGUGAGCGUCCAGGCAUCAGGGACACAGUCUUCCUAUCCCUACAGGAAGGACCUGCCCCAGGAUCUUUUCUAACUUGUGGUGUCAGACAUCUGCAUGUGUUGAUUGUAAAAUAUCCCAGGCAAGGGUGUUCUGAUUGUACAGAGGCAAACUUUUUUCCCCCUAAGAGAUUCCAGGUACUCAGCUACUAAAGGACUAGAGUGCAGGAAAGUCUUUACUCCCUUCUCAAUCACUGAUUCCCUGCUAGACUCUGGUCUAGAGUAGAGCACUAGGGUUGCACUCUUUCAUUCCAGCGAAAUACUGUGGAUCUGGCCCUUGCCCUACACACUGUGCAGGACAAACAUUACUCUAAUGGCAAUGCAAAACUUAGUAGUCAAUGUGUUCAACAUUUCACUCCACAAACUCAUGUCUAUAAACUAAAGAGACAUUCCACAAUAUGAGUAGGGAUAACUGAGCUCUGAAAUUCAGUGGCCUCCACAGACUUUGCUGUGCUCUCCACUAAUUAAGAUUCUCCUUGAUUUUGAUGAUGUUUCACAUCUGCCAGCUAGGGACAUCGCUAUUGAAAUGUGAAUUAUAGUUAGCUUUGAGUUUUCAACCAAAUUCCUAUUGUCCUUGCUCUCUGCAAGUGCCUUAGCCCAAAAUGAGACUCAUCAACUGUCUGGAGACCACACAUACCAGCAUGCCAAGUUCCAUCUCAUCCAUAGUCCACUCCGAUCACAACGAAGCACUGCAUACUGGGUCCUGCACCAUCUGCUGGUUAUGUUUCUCUAUUGCAUGAUGGCUGCAGUAGGCUCCAUACUGUGUCCAUUAAGUGAGGUUUUCUGGUUCUGGGCAAGCUGCUGAUAAAGCCCUCAGGUGAGCUAGAUGUACAUAUCAGCUCAUUAGCUGUUUAAUGUUCCAGGGAAACGCAUGUCAAGAUGCCUAGUCAGUCUUAUUUGGCCAGAAACACAAAUAAACUAGUUAUUUAAAGAACAAAAUCAUCAGCCACAAUGCACUAGUCAAAAAGCUGGCUUAGACAUCUACCGUGUGCCUAGUCAGGCAAAAAUUCAGAUGUGAAAAAUAAGUCCUACAUACAUGGGCUUGAUAAAAAGCUCUAUUUUGUAUGGGUCAAAUCCUGAUCUCAUGGGAGUUUUGCCAUUGGCUUCAAAGGCAGCAGCCUUUAGCUCUACAGGUCACUUAACUACUUGUAUUUCUUCUUCCCACCUCUACUAUAAGCUCUGAAACACUGGUGCUCCUACGGUUUCAUCUGUGGAUUGUGGUUUAGAAUGCCUCUAGCAGCCCUGCCACUGAAGUUCCCUUGUAGAAA